AUGAGCAUCGGGCUGGAGGCAGCUCGGGCUGUGCCCAGAAGCGUCCGUCUUUUCUUCGCGGUCUGUGCUGCAGAGGGCGAGGCGGCGCGGGGGCCGCCUGGCGGAGUGGACGGCCGGGGGAAAACCAGCGCUGGCCUCUGCACAGCUCAUCAUCUUCCCCCUCCUCUGGGUGUAGGGCCAGGGCCGGAGCCGUCCGCGCCGGGUCCCCCUGACAGAGCCUGCGGUGGCGAGCGCGCGGGCCUGGGUAAGAGCAAGGCUGAGCUGCGAGCUGAGCGCCGGGCCAAGCAGGAGGCUGAUCGGGCGUCGAAGCAAGCCCGGAAGGGCGAGCCGGGUCAAGCACCCCCGCCUCCCAAGCCCCGGGUAGGACCCAUUGAGGCCCAGCCAGCAGUCAAGAGGCUCCCAGAGCAUGUGCAGGUGGAUGAUCCAGCUGCCCAAAAAAAGUUAGCCAAAAAGUUGGAGCGUCAGCAGGUCCCUAUGAGGCCAGAUUAUGGUGCCAAAGUCAGUCUCUUCUCCCACUUGCAUCAGUACAGUCGCAAAGAGUUGCUGACGCAACAGAUGAGCAUCCCGGCCUCCACCAUCCACCCUGCAGUGGUGCGUCUUGGCCUCCAGUACUCUCAGGGCAUCAUCAAUGGUUCCAAUGCUCGCUGUAUUGCACUUCUAAAGGUUUUCAAGCAGGUGAUUAGAGACUAUACCACUCCUGCCAAUGAGGAACUUUCACGGGACCUGGUGAACAAGCUGAAACCCUACAUCAGCUUCCUGACUCAGUGCAGGCCCCUCUCUGCCAGCAUGGGCAAUGCCAUCAAGUUUCUUAAGAAGGAGAUCUCAUCGCUGCCAGGGACCAUGCGAGAAGAGAAGGCCAAGCAGGUCCUUAAAGAGACAAUUGACAAAUAUGAGCGGGAGAAGAUCUUCCUGGCAGCCGAAGCCAUUUCCAAAUUUGCCUUUGAGAAGAUCAAUGACGGCGAUGUCAUCCUUGUCUAUGGAUGCUCUUCCCUGGUGAGCCGCACACUCCGCGAGGCCCACGCCAAUCGCCGUGCCUUCCGGGUGGUGGUAGUAGACAGUCGGCCACGGCUGGAGGGCCGGGAGACGCUGUGCCGCCUGGUGAAACAGGGAGUCCGCUGCAGCUACGUGCUCAUCAAUGCCAUCUCCUAUGUGUUGCCUGAGGUUUCUAAAGUGUUGUUGGGAGCUCAUGCACUGUUAGCCAAUGGGUCUGUGAUGUCACGUAUGGGCACCUCGCAAAUUGCACUGCUUUCCAAGGCUUAUAAUGUGCCUGUUCUAGUCUGCUGUGAGACCUACAAGUUCUGCGAUCGGGUUCAGACCGAUUCCUUUGUCUCCAACGAGCUUGAUGAUCCAGAUGACCUAAUUGGGUCAAAAGGAGAGAGGAGUCCACUAUCCAACUGGCAGGAAAGCAAGUCAUUGCGCCUUCUCAAUCUAGUCUAUGAUGUGACCCCUCUAGAGUUGGUGGAUUUGGUUAUUACAGAGUUGGGGAUGAUCCCUUGCACCUCUGUUCCUGUUGUUCUGCGUGUCAAGAAUGUAGAGCAGUAAUGUUGGAAGAGUGAAUAAACCUGCAUGUCCCUGCUCCGUGCCUCUGUUUAGAUAUGUCAUCAUGUGAACACCUGAGUGAAACAGAACUCCCAGCCCUGGGAGAAUCAACUGAUUCCUUGUCCAGGACUUAAGUAAUUUAUGUUCAGCUGUUCUCUAGCUUCUUUGGGACAUAUUUGUUAUCUAUUCUGUUGCUAUUGGAAAUGGAGUCUUAUUUAUUAUUGAAUUUA